CCCGUGGACGCCGCGCCCGAGCCGAGCCAGAGCGCUGCGGGCUCACAAAGCGGCCGGACGCGCGGAGGCGGCAGGUGCGUAGGGGAACGAGCCGGGCAGCAGCCUUCCCAGUCACCGCGGCACAGUAGCGCCAGCAACUCGGUCGCCGGGACUCGAGCGGGCCCCCAAGAUGCCAGCGAUCGCGGUACUCGCCGCGGCCGCCGCGGCGUGGUGCUUCUUCCUCCAAGUGGACAGCCGGCACCUGGACGCUCUCGCAGGCGGCGCGGCCCUCAACAACGCCAAUUUCCUGGACAAUGACCAGUGGCUGAGCACCGUCUCCCAGUAUGACCGUGAUAAGUACUGGAACCGUUUCCGAGACGAAGUUGAGGAUGACUAUUUCAGAAACUGGAAUCCCAACAAGCCCUUCGACCAAGCCCUGGACCCAUCCAAGGACCCUUGCCUGAAGGUGAAGUGCAGCCCCCACAAAGUGUGUGUGACCCAAGACUACCAGACAGCCCUGUGCGUCAGCCGCAAGCACCUGCUGCCCAGGCAAAAGAAGGGGAAUGUGGCUCACAAACACUGGGUUGGACCUUCAAAUCUGAUUAAGUGCAAGCCCUGCCCCGUGGCACAGUCAGCGAUGGUCUGUGGAUCUGAUGGGCACACGUACACAUCCAAGUGCAAGUUGGAAUUCCAUGCUUGUUCAACAGGCAAAAGCCUCAGCUCCCUCUGCGAUGGGCCCUGUCCGUGUCUGCCUGAGCCUGAGCCGCCGAAACCCAAGGCAGAAAAGAGCGCCUGCACAGACAAGGAGCUAAGGAACCUUGCUUCGCGGCUGAAGGACUGGUUCGGGGCUCUCCACGAGGAUGCCAACAGAGUCAUCAAGCCUACCAGCUCUGACACAGCCCAAGGCAGGUUUGACACCAGCAUCCUGCCCAUUUGCAAGGACUCCCUGGGCUGGAUGUUCAACAAGUUGGACAUGAACUAUGACCUCUUGCUGGACCACUCAGAGAUCAACGCCAUCUACCUGGACAAGUAUGAGCCCUGCAUCAAGCCCCUCUUUAACUCCUGUGACUCCUUCAAGGACGGCAAACUCUCUAACAACGAGUGGUGCUACUGCUUCCAGAAGCCAGGAGGUCUCCCUUGCCAGAAUGAAAUGAACAGAAUUCAGAAGCUGAGCAAGGGGAAAAGCCUGUUGGGAGCAUUCGUACCUCGGUGUAACGAGGAGGGUUACUACAAAGCCACGCAGUGUCACGGCAGCACGGGGCAGUGCUGGUGUGUAGAUAAAUACGGGAAUGAGCUGGCUGGCUCCAGGAAACAGGGCACCGUGAGCUGUGAAGAGGAGCAGGAAACGUCGGGGGACUUCGGCAGCGGUGGCUCUGUGGUCCUGCUGGACGAUCUAGAGGACGAGCGAGAGCUGGGACCAAAGGACCGGGAGGGGAAGCUGAGGGUGCACACCCGGGCUGUGCGGGAGGAUGACGAGGACGAAGACGAUGACAAGGAAGACGAGGUUGGGUACAUAUGGUAGUGCCCAUGAGGGAGAGGACAUGCUUUUGGCAGAUUUGCAAGUCGCUUCCUUUGCCUGCAUUUGUAUCUAAGACUCCGAGGCCCACGGGUCUCUCCUCUGCUGUUCUCUCUGUACCAGGGCUAAGGUUUGGAAGACCCCUUCCCAGAGCGUUCUGAAUUUGCAUACAGUUGUGCGGGAGAAAGGAUGUUGUUUGUGUUUGUUUUUGUUUCCACCGGAUGAGAGAAGGGCUGGCUCAGAUAAAGCCACCUUCCCUCCUGUAAGGUUUUUGCAACUAGCAUGUGAUUUGUGCGGAAUCCAGCAGUGCAGGGAGCCCCACCCUCUCAAACGUCAAAGACCCUCUCUGAUUACCCACCUCGGUGGUUAUUACAGCAUGGUUCCCAGCCUUAUGGUGUCUAAGUGCUUUUCUUGUGUCCUGUAGAUGUUGUGGAAACCACACCACACCACUGCUCCUUUUCCUUCUGUUCCCACCACCUCCGAUGUUUAUUAAAAAUCAUAAAAUGUAUAAAAUUAUAAAAGUUAUAAAAAAUGGCUUCCUACGAAUGACAGCCUUAAUUCAGUCCAAGUCCCUUUGGAGAAAGAAUUCAUUUUCUUUUUUAGAAAUUAAGGUCUUGAUGCUUCCCCUGCCACUCGCACAUCCACAAACAGGUGUCUGUGCUUGCAUGACUUGCUUACACACCUCUGAGUGUCUGAUUGUAUACCGAAAACACUUUAGAAAAACCACGGCUUUUAAUCAGCAACUCCAGAUGCGGAACACAAACUGGGGUAUGAAAUUCCUCUUGGAGUCCUGUUUGUACUGACACUUGGCCUGUGGAGCCUGCAGGCUGGGGAGGUUCCUCUAUGCAGCUGCAAAGUGUCUAGAAGCCCUUUUGAUUUGGAUAAGCCUGUUUGCCUAAACUGCUUCGUUUCCCCACAGAAGCCAUGCAACUCCCACUUGGGCAGCUUCACAAGCCAUUCCUUCAUAUAGCUAAACAUCCCCUCAGGAUGCAGCAUCCCCACUGUGGCAGCUCCCUUCCCUACCCUCAAGGGCUUUUUCUGAGGCAUUCCUACUGAGCUUAUACUCGCCGAGAAGACAGCACCAUGAUGAUCAUAGGAAAAAAAUAUAGGGUUCUUCGUGUUCUUCAUGUUCCUUCCCCCACCCCCUUUCUACACAGAUCAUGACGGGGGAGAUAAAGGCCCUAAGGGGUUCUCUUUCUCACCCUUCAUUUAAUAGAAAUCCCAACGGAGACCUAGAAAGAGAUCCUAGUAGCGCAAGAAGCUGGCCUAAGCUCAUUAUUGGCAUUCAGUUUCAGUAACAAUAUCUCUGUAUUCUCCCAGAUUUCUUCCACACGAGUACCAAAGAGUAGACUCCAGCGCAGCCCCAUUCAGGUCAGGGCCAGCUCCCCGAGCUCUGCCUGCUUGCUUCCUACCUAGCCAGUUGCCCUAACCAGCCACGAUUCAUCAGAAACAACCUCUAUUUUGCCCUAACCAGCCACAGCCCGCCAACACUAUCUCUUCGUUGUCCUUGCCUUCCCAGUGAGUUUUAGCCAGUCCACAAGACAGAUCUAUUAACUCAGGCAAAAAGUGUAUUUGGUCAAACCCGUCUCCCACCCCAAGCUGGCCUUCUGUAUGUAGUAAGCCUCUUUCACUAGCAUCUCCAUCCUAGAACAGGAUGGACAAGGUUGCACUGGUCCAGGAAUUCUUCUCGUGUGGGAAAUGGAUAUCUCUGGUGCCGUUUGCUCCCUUGGCCUGGUAGAUACAAGUACCGCCGGAUGUUGAGAAUUCUGCGUGCUUCCUCUCUACGGAGAUGCAGACUUGCUCAGUUCGGGGUCUUGAUGACAUCCUCCCCAGUCCUCUAGUUUGUUUUUCAUUUUUUCUCACCCUCAAAACUGAUCAUAAUUUAGAUCAUAAUUUAGGAAGCAGGUGCUCAAUCGCAGCUAAAUGAUAAUAGGAUACAUUAAAAAGACACUAGAAAUCUCAGUUUAGGCCGUCAUCAUAAGCCAUUGUUAUUAUUUCCUUCAAGCUUGGAAAAAAUGCACAAGAGAACAAAUUAACAAUCGGCAAAUUGAUUUCACUUGGAGAAACUUCUCGGAACCCAAUGAACCACUUACUUUGUCUAAUUAUCGUAUGACAAGUGUCACAUUAAGAUGACACUCAGAGCUCCUUAACAUUAUCUUGAUGGUGGAGAAGAGUACUCAAUAGGCAGUUCCCAGGAAGGUAAUGGGAUGUCAUUUGCAGAGACGUUCCAAGAAGAUAUUUUGAUUCAUUAAGAUAUUAAAUCAAAAGCCCUCCUACGUCUGGAGCCCAUAUCAACAAAGCAGCACCAUUGCCACUGUCGUGCCCCACUGGGGUUUUAAAGACAGUUACUUGUAAUAGUACUUAAAAUUAGACUUUCUGUUACCUUCUCCCGAGACGCAGAGCUUCUUUUGCCCUCUUUGGAUGGAGCCUUUGAUUCCAAAAUAAUCCCACCCAUUCCAAGCAUCAUCUGAUGCUGUUAGCGUCUGCGCUCCUGGGAUGACCGACCCAUUGUGUAAGCAGGUACUGAGUUGAGCCCUUACUGCCUUAUUUCCAGGAAUCCUUCCAUUGAUGUUGUUACUGUCUCUACAAGCAGUUAUUUUUAAUGCCAUUACUGUGGCAUUCAAUUGAACCCCAGAAUUCUCUUCCACAGGCUUCACUCUCUGCCAUAUGAAUGUGUUUGGUUUCUACAGAUGUUCUCAGCAUGGGGAUGCCUUCAUGUGGCUUUCUCUCAGCUCCUCCUUUAUGCCCACAUCCCCACCUUUCCCGGAAAUGAUGACUUGUCCAUCCAGGUCAGCCCUCUGCUCGUUCCACAAUGCCAUUGGCGUUGGGUUUGCUUUUGUUUUAUCUUGACCACACUGUACAGUAACAUCCAAGAGCCCUUUCUGCAACGGGCGGUUUUGGUCUUUAUACACCUUUUCACAGUCACUGAUGUUUGUCCCCGUUCAAUGUGUAGCCGUGUGACAAGACCCCAUCAAAUCCAGACUGUCAGUUUGUUGUCCCUAUUGUAGGUGAAGUAGUGAUGUAGAAAAUCUAGUACUCUGAAUGCUUUUCCAUGUAGACUUUUAUGGAAUGUGAACACGACUCUUUGGUUAAUAGUAACCGCUUACCUGUAGUCCCGAGUAGGCGCACUUCUGUCUGUCUCAAUAAAUUUUACUUUGUCUGCAGCA